AUGGCUGAAGCCAAUGGCCACCGUCGUGUUGAAACAGUGAUUGACAUAAGGAAACCACCGGUGAGCUUCAGCGGGGGUCUUGUGUUCGAGUGCCUGACUUACACUGUGACAAAAAAGGCAAAGGUGGAGGGGCAGUGGUCGAGUGAAGAGGUGGACUUGCUGCAUGAUAUCACUAGUUAUGCUCCAAAGGGGUGUAUCACUGCAGUGAUGGGCCCCAGUGGUGCAGGAAAGUCCACUCUUUUGGAUGGCCUUGCUGGGAGAAUUGCUACUGGAAGCCUUAAAGGGAAGGUCUCCUUGGAUGGUGCAACUAUGAGUGCAAGUUUGAUCAAAAGAACUUCUGCAUAUAUCAUGCAGGAAGAUAGGCUUUUCCCCAUGCUAACUGUCUAUGAGACUUUCAUGUUUGCUGCCGAUUUCCGCCUUGGACCACUCUCACUUGCUGAUAAGAAACACAGAGUGGAGAACCUCAUCAAUCAGCUUGGCUUAACGUCAUCUCGGAACACCUACAUAGGAGAUGAAGGGACAAGAGGAGUGUCCGGCGGAGAGAGGCGGCGCGUCUCAAUCGGCGUGGACAUCAUCCACGGCCCAUCACUUCUCUUUCUGGACGAGCCAACCUCAGGGCUAGACUCUACCAGCGCCCACAGCGUGAUCGAGAAAGUGCACGACAUCGCACGCAGCGGCAGCACCGUCAUCCUCACCAUCCACCAGCCCUCGUCCAGAAUCCAACUCCUCCUCGACCACCUCAUCAUCCUCGCACGGGGCCAGCUCAUGUUCCAAGGGUCGCCGCAAGACGUGGCCCUCCACUUGUCACGCAUGCCACGCAAAGUCCCCAAGGGAGAGAACCCCAUUGAAAGUCUGAUUGACGUGAUCCAAGAGUACGAUCAGAGUGAGGUUGGAGUUGAAGCACUUGCAGAGUUUGCACGCACUGGGGUGAAACCACCUCCUUUGUCCAACCAGCCCCACUCAGUGUCCACUAUUGCACCCUCUUAUGCCAAUUUCUCUCACCAUAGCCACAGGUUUGACGAGAAGUCUGUGGAGUUUUCUCACUCCUCGCAGGUGAGUAGAAGGGCAGUGGACGGUUUUGAUCACAGUCUCAGAAGUCCCUAUAACAACAGUUCCAUGUCGUGGAGCACUGGGAAUAGUGCAGCAUUCCUCAAGUUCACACCAGCACGGCUUAAGAAUGAUCACAAGCCCCACAAUACCACAAGAAACAAUGCUUCACCUGGCUACUACACAUACUCGAGUGAAAUCUUUCAAGCCACUCCAACACCCCACAGCAGUGACUACACAGUGAAUGAGAAUGACUACCUCACUCCCUCAAAUGGCACACAAGAACACCUUGGCCCAAAGUUUGAAAAUUCUUACAUAACAGAGAUAUGGAUACUCAUUCGCCGCAACUUCAUAAACAUAAGGCGCACCCCUGAGCUUUUCCUCUCAAGACUGAUGGUUCUCACCUUCAUGGGCUUCAUGAUGGCCACGAUGUUCCACAACCCUAAAAAAGAUUUGCAAGGAAUCACCAACCGCCUCAGCUUCUUCAUCUUCACAGUGUGCCUCUUCUUCUUCUCUUCCAACGAUGCUGUCCCAGCCUUCAUCCAAGAAAGGUUCAUCUUCAUAAGGGAAACUUCUCAUAAUGCCUAUAGAGCUUCCACUUACACCAUUGCAGGCAUCAUCACUCACAUGCCAUUUAUUCUUCUUCAAGCAGCUGCCUAUGCAGGCAUUGUUUGGUUUGCCCUAAAACUCCGAGGCCCUUUUCUUUACUUCUUGCUUGUUCUAUUCGUUUCUCUUCUGUCAACCAAUUCAUUCGUUGUGUUUGUGAGCUCAGUGGUGCCAAACUACAUAUUGGGUUAUGCUAUGGUUAUUGCCUUCACUGCCUUGUUCUUCUUGUUCUGUGGAUACUUCUUGAGCAGCCAUGACAUUCCCCGUUACUGGCGUUGGAUGAACACAAUUUCAACGAUGACAUACCCUUAUGAGGGGCUCUUGAUGAACCAGUACCAGGUCAACGAUACGUUUGGAUAUGUGGAUGGAGUACCCAUUACCGGUUUUCAGAUCUUGGAGAGUCUACAUAUCAAGACUGAUGGAAGUAGGAAGAGGACAGUGGUGCUUAUAAUGUUUGGUUGGGCUGUGCUAUACAGGAUUUUAUUUUACCUAGUCCUUCGUUUUGCAUCGAAAAACCAGAGGUCGUAGAGAACUGUAUCUUAGGGAAACUGUGUGAGUUAGUGAAUCGUUUGAUUUGAUUUGCACUGCAAACAUUGUUUUAUGAUGUUAAAUAUGUUGCUUCAAUGUAUUUUGUCUUGCAUUAAGCUUUGUAAAUUAUAUAGCUUGAUGGGCUUUUUAUAUACCGUACAAUAAAGCAAAUCUAGGAAUUAGAGAAAGCCUUUUAACAAAUCUCAGCGAUAUUUAACUCUUGUUUGCAUAAGGAAAGACGUAUGCCUUUUUUCAGUGUUUUCUCUUAGGACCGCAUAUUCCAACAACACUAUUUUGACAACGCCACGUGUCGUUACCUGAUUGGUUCGUUUUAAAUUUUUUUUUUCAAAACCUAUGACCGUAACCAUUAUUUUGAGUGAAAAUCCUAAAAUACCCCUUUCCCUUUCUUUGUUCCAUUUCAAACGAAGGUCCGUUCUCUUGAGAGGUCGAAGGUCGCGUUUCGUGUUCUUCGUUCCAUUUGCAUGGUGUUGUCUCCGGCCAGUUUCGUCUCCUGUUAUCGUGCGGAAUGGCAAGUUCCGGUGACGAUUGUCCACCGACGAAGGUAAGUGGUUUUCCAUUCCAUGUCGUAGCUUGGUUAUUCGGUUUGGGCAUCUCGUAGCAUGCUUAUUUGAUUUCGGUUAAUGUUUGGGGUUCGUAUCGUUGUGUUGUGGUGCUUGGGUUAUUGGGUUUCGUUGUUUUGAUGAUUUGAUUUUGGUUUAUGCAGUUGAGUGUUCGUCACUCUUUUUCGACAAAGUAUAUAUGUACUUUGAACGAACGCUUGACAGAGGAGCAUCGAUCAUUGAUUGCGACGACUCCA